AUGUCCCCGGCCGAACGUCUUUCGAAGAUCACCAAACACUUAGAAACACCACAAGAUAUAUCCAGUAAGAUGUCCGAAUCCAAGAAGUUCGAGAUUGCGAUCAUUGGGGGCGGCAUCGCAGGAGCGACGCUGGCUAUUGCACUGUACCACCGCCAAAUCCCCGUCACGAUAUAUGAACAAGCACCUCAGUUCGGCGAGAUUGGCGCUGGGGUUUCCUUCUCCCCCAAUGCAGUACAAGCUAUGAAGAUAUGUCAUGAGGGCGUGUAUGAAGCGUUUGAGAAAGUCUGUACUCGCAAUGUGUGGCCUGAGAAAAAAAAUGUCUGGUUCGACUAUCUCGACGGUUAUACGGGCCCAAGACCGGGGCAAGAGCGGCAGGACAUUGCAUUCUCGAUCAAGAACUCAUUGGGUCAAAAUGGGGUGCACCGAGCGCAUUAUCUGGAUGAGAUUGUCAAACUGGUCCCAAAAGGCAUCGCUCGCUUUGGCAAGAAGCUGGCCAACAUCACCGAAAACGAAUCCAAUGGAAGACUGGUCAUGAGCUUCGAAGAUGGAUCCACCGCGGAAACCGAUGCCGUGAUAGGAUGUGAUGGUAUCAAGUCUCGUGUCAGGCAGAUCAUUGUUGGAAAGGACCAUCCCAGUGCGAAACCGAGCUAUACGCACAAGUAUGCCUAUCGAGGGCUGGCGCAGAUGGAGGACGCUAUCAAAGCAGUUGGUGAAGAACUGGCCGUCAAUGCUUGCAUGCACAUGGGUCCUGAUGGCCAUGUACUGACGUUUCCCGUCAACCAUGGCAAAACACUGAAUAUCGUCGCCUUCAGAACAAGCCCGGACGACUGGCCCGACUCCCAGCGACUGACGAGACCGGCGAAGCGUGAGGAAGCUCUGAGAGACUUCAGCGGAUUCGGCUCGAAUGUGAUAAAACUUUUAAACCUAACCAAGCCAGACUUGGACGUGUGGGCAAUAUUUGAUCUAGGAGACAACCCUGUGCCUACUUUCCAUAAAGGUCGUGUUUGCAUCGCUGGCGAUGCAGCACACGCGACAUCCCCUCAUCACGGUGCUGGAGCCGGCCUCUGCAUCGAGGAUUCUGCUGUCCUUGCCUCUUUACUCUCAGACGACCGGGUCCAAUCACCAUCAGACCUAAACGCAGUAUUCGCCACGUUCACCGCUCGGCGCAAAGAGCGAGGGCAGUGGCUUGUUCAAAGCAGCAGGCGGGUUGGCGACUGCUAUGAGUGGCGGGCUGAGGGUAUAGGGAGAGAUUUCACAAAGAUCGAAAGUGAAAUCAAUGAGAGGAAUGGGAUCAUUGCCAAUGUGGAUGUGAAGGAAAUGUGCAGGGAAGCGCAGGAGGAGCUGAGGCAGAGACUCGAAUCAUGA